AAAAAAUCUUGCCUUUUCAGUUGUUCUCUUCUUUCCUACCGCACCUCGUUGUUGUUGCCAAUUCAACAAUAUGGACCAUGACGCCAUUCCCACGUCGGUUAUUCAGGACGACGAACAACACACGAUGCACUAUGCCCAGUCAUUGCCGUAUGUCCGUCUUUUAGACGGGGAAGCCGAUCAAUGGCUUGGAGAUAUUUGCAACAACUUGGCUCUCUGCGUCAAGGCCCAGGAUUACUCGGUGGGAACGCUGGCCUGGGUGAAACGAUUGGGACUUUAUCUAGACAUGAAACAUGCUUUACCAAGAGCGCUGCGAGCUCAUCUCGCGAAAUUGCUGUAUGCAUUGACCAUUACCCCCGGCAUGGAUACCGUACUCGUGGAAACAUGGGCAAAUACUUGUGUCCGCCUGAUAAGGUGGGUUCACUCAAUAAUCUGUCCGGCAUGGCCCACAUCCUAACAUUGGUGCUUUAGAAAACCAAAACGUCUGGGUCCUGAAGAUCUGACAUUACCUUGGAAACCCCUGUAUCAGCUGAUUCAUAAAGCGAUCUUUCCGAAAUCAAGACAAAGGACGCUCAUUUCAGUAUC